GUCCCCAACGACCCAGUGCAGAGGCGGGUCCGGGAGCUCGUCACGCUGAGCAAGCAGCUGCAGCGGGUUCACCCCAACGUCCUGGCCAAAGUGCUGAAGCAGGGAACCGUCUACCAGAACGAGGAGAUCGUGGUGAUCAACAAACCCUACGGCCUCCCGGUGCACGGCGGCCCCGGGGUCAAGAAUUGCAUUGCUGACGUGCUGCCCAUUUUGGCCAAGAUGUUGGACAACAUGAAGGCCGAACCCCUCCACCUCUGCCACCGGCUGGACAAAGAGACCACGGGCGUGAUGGUGCUGGCGCGGAGCAAGGAGGUGGCGGAGAAGAUCCGGCUCCUCUUCAAAACCCGUCAGGUGGAGAAGAUCUACUGGGCAGUUAGCCUGUGGGACCCAGAUCCCGCUGAGGGCAUCGUGGAGAUCCCCAUCCUGGAGAAGGAGGUGCAGAGCCACCAGUCUCACUACAAGAUGACGCUGGCCCCCAACUACCGCCUGUCUCCGAAGGACGGCAAGGAGGUGAAGAUCCGCAAGAACCGCAACGCCGAAAGCGCCGUGACGCGGUACCGCCUCCUGGCUCGGGCUUCUGCCUGCUCCCUGCUGGAGCUGCAGCCCAUCACUGGAGUGAAGCACCAGCUCCGGGUUCACUUGGCCUUCGGCUUGGGGUGCCCCAUCCUGGGGGAUCACAAAUACUCGCACUGGAGCAAGCUGGCACCCCAGAAGCUUCCAGAAAUCACCUUGAAGAGGCUGAAGCUGAAGCAGAGCAAAGCUCGCCACAUCCCCCUCCACCUCCACGCCUACCGGCUCUCCCUGCCCCUGGGCAAGCAGCUCGACCUGGUCUGCAAGCCGCCCCUCUUCUUCCAAAAAACCCUGAGGAAGCUGGAGCUGGAUCUUCCUAACGACUAA